AUGAGGGCGCUGGUGGCCGUGAAGCGCGUGAUCGACUAUGCCGCCAAGAUCCGCGUCAAGGCGGACGGGUCCGGAGUGGAGAAGGCGAGUGUGAAGAUGUCGAUGAAUCCCUUCUGUGAGAUCGCAGUGGAGGAGGCCAUACGGCUGAGGGAGAAGGGGGCGAUCAAGGAGGUCGUGGCCGUCAGCCUGGGCGUGCAGCAGUGCCAGGACACGCUCAGAACCGCUCUAGCCAUGGGAGCAGACAGGGCGGUACUGGUGAAGGUGGAUGCGGCACAGGAGGAGGCGUUGGAGCCGUUGAUCGUCGCUAAGCUGCUCAAAGGGGUUGCUUUGAAAGAGACGGCUGAUAUGGUGUUCCUGGGGAAGCAGGCAAUAGACGACGACUGCAACCAGACGGGGCAGAUGCUGGCAGCGCUGCUGGACUGGCCGCAAGCCACCUUCGCCUCCAAGGUGGUGCUGGACACGGCUGCUCGCAGUGCGCAGGUCACCAGGGAGAUUGACGAUGGCCUUGAGACAGUCAGCCUUAAGCUGCCAGCUGUCAUCACCACGGACCUACGGCUGAACGAGCCACGGUACGCCACGCUGCCCAACAUCAUGAAGGCAAAGAAGAAGCCCAUCGCUGUGCUCUCUCCCUCCGACUUCGGGCUUGACCUUGCAGACCCGGCCACCCGCAGGGUGCACGUGGUGGGGGUGAGGGAGCCGCCUGCGCGUGUGGGGGGACGGAUCCUGGGGAGUGUGGAUGAGCUGUUGGAUAAACUCAAGAACGAGGCCAAGGUGAUGGGGGUGGGGGAGGCACCUGUGCGAGUGGGGGGCCGGAUCCUGGGGAGUGUGGAGGAGCUGUUGGAUAAACUCAAGAACGAGGCCAAGGUGCUGUAG